AUGAACCCAAACGCUCCUAGCUAUUCCGCCACAACUUCUGAUGUGAAUGUUAGAAUGAUGGAGGUCCAGGUGUCUACUUCUCGCGAAGCUGAAGUUAACAGACCAGAGAACACAAAGAGAAGCUAUGCUUCUAAGCAAAAAGAGUAUAAAGAUUGGUGUGAUGAAGCUUUCUCGAGCAUUCCCCUCAAAAAUCGCUACACUGUAUAUGGAGAUAAGCUCCAUUUGUUUCUUAAAGACUGUGUUGUCAACCGAACCCACAGAAGAGACACUGGAAAAACCAUCAAAUCAGUCAAGGCUUUUGUGGAGACAGAUGUCGAGCCUACUGACAUCUUUUUGCAGAGAGCACUUCCUCUGGUGGCCAGAAAGUUGGCUGACAUGCAGAAUGCAGACAGCAGGUUUCGCAGAAAAGUUCUGCGGGAGUUUGGUGUUCUUCACCAGAAGAUUGACGACUUGGUAUCUGGGAGAAUCCCUCUUUGGUCCCUUCAAGAAGAUGGAGGGGAAAGAGGUAGAGCUAGAUCAACAGAGGUCCAAGCACUUCCAGUCCCGGCCAACAACUCUGGACCAAUUUCCCAGCUGCCAGACAUACCUGUUCGGUAUAGAAUGAGCAGAGAAUAUAUGGUUGACAAUUCUGUAAGUGAAGAAACAGCAGUCAAACUUGCAGAAGAAAACCGAAGAAGAAGACAAAGAACUCUGAACUUUUUGUCUAAAAAUUCAACCCAAAUCUUUCAAUGA